GUGGCCGUGUAUACCAAUCAUAACUAACUUAACUCACAUCGCUGCUACUCUGUUUUAGCGCUCGAGAACCCCGUCGUCUUUUCUUGAAAAACAUCAUCAUCAUCAUCAUCAUGGCCUCUGGAGCUUUGUUCCCCAGCAUGGUGUCUGGCUCCCGCGGCUCCUCCAGCAAGUACCUGGUGGAGUUUCGAGCUGGUAAGAUGACCAUGAAGGGCAGCACGGUGACGCCCGACAAGCGCAAAGGUCAAGUCUACGUCCAGCAGACGGACGACUCGCUCAUCCACUUCUGCUGGAAGGAUCGCACCACUGGCAAUGUGGAUGAUGACCUCAUCAUCUUCCCCGAUGACUGCGAGUUCAAACGGGUCAGCCAGUGCACCACUGGACGUGUCUACGUACUGAAGUUCAAAGCUGGCUCCAAAAGGCUUUUCUUCUGGAUGCAGGAAGCCAAGACCGACAAAGAUGAGGAGUACUGUCGCAAAGUGAAUGAGUAUCUCAACAACCCGCCCAUGCCUGGCACUCUGGGUAGCGGCGGCAGUGGAGGACAUGAUCUGUCCGCUCUGGGAGGCGAGGGUGGCCUGCAGAGCCUUCUGGGUAAUAUGAGCCACAACCAGCUCAUGCAGCUGAUCGGACCGGCUGGACUCGGGGGUAUCGGCGGCCUCGGCGCGCUCGCUGGUCCGGGCUUGGCCAACCUCUUGGGCAGCGGCAGCAGUAGCAGCAGCAGCAGCAGCGUUCCUGCUACCAGCAACUCCUCCACAAGCCCAUCUACUGCGGUCACGCCCACCUCGACAUCCACCGCCAGUCGCCUCGGCGCCUCCCAGGCUUCCGCCGCGGCCGUCAAUCCCUCCGCCACCUCUGCAGCCUCCCCGCCCGCGAGCACCCCGCCCACGCCCACCCCCGCCGUGUCGGCCGCGGCGGGGGCCGCGGCGAGCAACCCUACGCAGCCCAUCCAGCUGAGAGACCUGCAGAGCAUCCUGGCGACCAUGAACGUGCCCGCCGGCGGCACUGGAGUGGACCUGGCCAGUGCCCUGACGCCAGAGGUGAUGGCUCCCAUCCUGGCCAAUCCUGACGUGCAGCAGAGGCUGAUGCCCUUCCUGCCCAGCGGGGAGUCCCUGCUCCAGAGCACAGACGAGCUCCACAACACGCUCAGCUCACCACAGUUUCAGCAGGCGAUGAGCAUGUUCAGCAGCGCUUUGGCGUCAGGGCAGUUGGGGCCUCUGAUGAACCAGUUCGGCUUGCCUACAGAGGCUGUGGAUGCUGCCAACAAUGGAGAUCUGGAGGCUUUCGCAAAAGCAAUGGAGACUGAGACAAAGUCCGAGCAGGAUGGAGAAUCCAAAGACAAAAAGGAUGACGACGAGGACAUGAGCUUGGACUAAGAAUAACUGUUAAAAAUGUAUUAAGAUGAUAGGGUUUGAGUCUAUCACAGCUUUAACACCUUUAAAUAAUAAAUACUACAAUGAAUUCAA